UAGUAGAACCGCCUAAAUGAGUCCUCGCCCGCGGAGUACAAGGGGCGCGGGGGUACGACGACGAAGGGGAACGAAAGAGGUGCGGGCGGCGGUCGAGCGUAGCGUGUAAUACAAGAGGCGAAAUGUUACUGGACAUUUCUUGAGAUAUGUGAAGUCAUAGUGGUUAGCGGCAAACAGGUGAAGAUUUUUAUUAAAAAAUUAAUAAUGGCUAUACAAAAUUUGAAUGAAACAACUGUAAACUAUACAACGUGUUCCUUUUGUUAUCCCAUAUCUCCAUGGUAUCAACGAGACCACGUACAUGAAUUAAAUAGCAUAAGCAUUUUUCGAUUAUUGUUAUUUUCAAAUUUUUAUUUUUCAUACAAAACAAUUCGAUAAAAAUGUGAUUUUAUGAUAUAUAGGUAUGAUAUGUAGGUAAAAAAAAGGUAAUAAAGUUAUGUAUGUAAUAUUUAUUUAUGCAAAAUUUAUCAAAAUUAUAAAUCAAUCACUUAUGUCCAUAAUAUCAGUAUCACUGGAACUUGAUUCUUCACUUUCGAAACAGCCAUCAUCAGAAUCAUCAGAAUCGUCUUGCACAUUAAUAAUAAAAUCAACAACUUCAUCUAGUGCUCCAUCAUGUUUGCAAUAUUCGUCUUCGAUUUUAAUCACGUGUUUAACACAAUUCUCCCAUUUCUCUUUGGGAUAUUCAGCAAAUAAUCUCUCUAAUAUUUCUUUUUUCUGGUCCAAAUUAGAGUCGAUACUUUUUUGUGCUAAUUGUCCUUUGAUAUCACCCCAGACCAACUCAAUGGGGUUCAGGUCUGGGUGAUAUGGAGGCAAACGCAAUACUUCGUGUCCGUUUCUUUUCAAUACCUCGUCAAUUUUGUAAAUAUCUUCUGUGAAAUGGCUUUUAAUUAAUUUAUAUAAGUCAUCUUUUCUAAGUUUUUCAUCAAAAGGCACGUUAUGUCGUCGUAGCCAUUCUUGCAUAGUUGGCUUGGUAGAAGCCAUAGUUGGCUUUUUCUCUUCUCGAACCGAAUGAUAAGCUGCGUUGUCCAUUACUAUGACAGAAUUUUGCGGUAUAUUAGGCAUGAGCUUUUCAUUUAUCCAUUUACUGAAAUUUGCGAAAUUCAUAGAAUCGUGAUAAUCACCUGUUUUACAUUUGGAUUUGAAUAUCACAAGGGCUCCGUCUACAAAUCCAAUUUGACCUCCACAAUGUACGAUGAUCAAACGGUCCCCUUUACCAAUAUGAGAUAGAACGCCAAGUUCAUCCUUUGAUUGCCAACAUUUUGAAACGUUAUGAGACGCGUUUACAUAAGUUUCGUCAAGGUAUAAAAUAUGUCUUCUUUCUCUACGAUAUUUUUUAAUAGUAUUUAGGUAUUUCCACCUCCACGAUGUGAUAUUUGGCUGUUCGAUAAGGAGUUUCCUUUUAGAUCCGCAUUUCUUAAAUUUAAAACCUAGAUCAUGUAAUAAUAGCCUUAAAUAUUCCCUGCCGCAGUGUAAUAUAUUCUCUUCUCUAAGUACAGCGUUCAAAGUUUUCAGAGUAGGUAUUUUUUUGAAAAUUGUGUAAAACUGAGUGACUUUUCUUCUUACCACUCCUUUUGUGAAAUCGUCUAUUUCCACUCUUUUUCUACGAACCUGUUUUGGUUUUCUUGGUGAUUUAAAUCUCUCGUUGUCAUUUAAUGCUUUCCCUUGUUGUACAAUUCUAGAUACAGUCUUUUCUGAUAAUCCAGUAACUUCUGCUACAGUUUUAUUUAAAGGUAUAUCUUGUUUAUAUUCAUCAGAAUUUGGGUCGAGUUUCUUUUUUCUAAAAUAUUCAUAUACGUUAAACGCCAUUUGUUUGCACUGACUAUUAAUUCUAUGUCCGAAAACAUUUCGACUCAUCUUGAGAAUGUAAUCUCAUGUAUAACUUUCACAAGGCGUCCGCAACUGUCAACACGUGUGAUCGCUAACCGCGUAGCGAGCGAACUGAGUUUUUACAAGAAUGCGCCCGCCGCCCGCACCUCUCUCGGUCCCCUUUGUCGUCGUACCCCCGCGCCCCUUGUACUCCGCGGGCGAGGACUCAUUUAGGCGGUUCUACUAUAGUGCCAUAAUGAUUGUUUAAUUUUUAUUUUGAGAUUUUUGUAGUAAAAACGUGUUAAAAAAAAAUAUUUUUAUUUUAUUACCAAACUAACUGUUUCCCCUGAUUUUUUCCACGUCCUCCGUCCUUAAAAUAUGUUUAUAAAACCUAAAUGGCACUCGAAACCCACAGUAUAUACCGUGCUUUCUAAAAUACGGAAUCAUCUCGCGGUAUAUAGGACCAAUAUGUCAAAGGUAACUCUGACGAACAACGACCAAUAUAAACAUAAAACGUUUCUUAAUUCAGACUUCUUCGUAAAACAACGUACGAUGUUCACUAUGGACCCUCCUUAUUCCACGCUAAAAUGUUCUACAUUGACAUGGAACUCACUAUUUCACGAAAUUAAAGGAUUAUAAAAAUAUACUAUUAAACAUUUAACUAGGCCAAGACACAGCAACAACAUACCAAAAGUUCUUAUUAUCAACUCUCUCCGUUUAAGAGUUACAUUAGUCAACAACUUCUCUGAGCUCUACUGAAAACCUUCAAUAUCGCAGACCGGACUUUAUUCUACGGAGUAGUCGAUUUGUAGUCCAUGUUGUGCCGAGGAAGUCGAUGAGGCGAUGGAGGGAGGAUGAGGAUGAAGCACAGGAGACCAUGGCAAAGGUAUGGAUUGACUGGAAGGUGGUUGAUUUGACUUCAGAGGAAAUAUUUGGGUCAUGGAUUGAUCCACAGACGUUGAAUAAAAUACGUGAUAUAUAUGAAUAUGUGAUAUAUAUUGUAAUGUUGGUAUACGCUAAGAACUGUCAUUUGUCACUUGUUUUUAAGAUCAGUCUGCAAAUAAACGAAUAGCGGUUACUCGUGUGUUUCACUGCUCGUCCUGCCUACACAAAUAUUUGUUAGUAUCCCGCCAUAAACGCCAAGUCACCACCCGCCAAUUUUCACCGAGGAGCCAAGAAAAUUCGGCGCAACCAGACAAGAGACCACAAUUGUAGUUGAGCACAAGUUCUACCGAUCAUUCAACAAUUAAAGACAGAAACCUAUAAAAUCAUACAAGAUCAAUAUCGUCAAGUCAACAAAAUUGCCGCCAUUUCAUUUCCCGCGUUGUUGCCAAGCCAAUCUUCGCGCGCCGCAGACUGCCCUCCUAUUGGCCAAUCAAGUUAGCCCGCCGCGACGCGCCGCGCCACUUCCCUGCACCGACCGUGGUGACAUUUUGUUUUGCUUCCGUUUGCGUCUCUUCGACGAAAAAUACCUUUUUAGUUAGUUUCUGUUCGCAAGUUUUUAUUUGAAUAAUAAAUUUAGAAAACAUUGUCUAAAAAUGUCGGAAACCGAUUCCGAUAGAUGUGAAACAAUGGAAUCCAAUAUGACAACUAUGGCGUCUGCGUCUUCUAUGGCCGCAAAUGUUAAAGCGCUACAAAGAAAGCGUGCUGCGUUAAAGGGUGCGUUAACAAAACACUAUAAUUAUUUUAACGUUAUUGAAAAUGUUGACCGGGACCGUGAGGCCCUACUUAUCAGGGAGGAACGCUUACGGGCACGCUUACCUACAUUUGAAAAAUUCGAUUAAAUUAAUUUAGAAAUUUGUGCAACAGAUCCAAAAGCCGGUGAUUCUGGCGAUGUUGAAAGCAAAUUCCUGGAAGUGAUUAGGGGAGGUAGGGGAGGGACGGGGAGUCGGGAGACAUGGGCACCCCCCUUUUAUUCUGAUUCGGUCACUGAUUUUUUUUCCUAAUUUGAUAGUUUACUUUGCCGACUGACAACACUGUUCAUCCAUAGACCAGCUGUGAUAUCUGUCAGUUGUCAAACGCAAACACGUUUGAAGGUAGUCAUGCAAUCACCCUCUACUAGGGUUGCUUAUGUAAAUCCCUAAAUAAUAAGUAUGUAUAACUGAAUAAGUUCAUGUCAGCACUUUUAGGGACUUGCAUAGAGCCCGAAUGCAUUGCUGCAUUAUUCAGACUGUUCUGGUCGUAAACCUCCGACAGACGUCCCGUAUAAUUAUUACAAUCUAAUUUUUGUAAUUAAUUUAAAUAAAAUAAGUUUAAUUCUCAUUAAUUUUUAUAACUUUUUAAAAACACUCCCAUACGUUCCCCAAACAAGUCUAGGUUAUGCGCUCGUAAAAGUAAAUAUUUUGUUGAUUUCGGAUCGUAUUAAGAGAAAAGUAACGAAAGGUAUGUCAAUUUUUUAUUAUAAAUCUUUUGUAUAUUUACUAACUUGUAAAUAAAAUUGAAAUGCACGCUUAAAUACCUAAAUAAAUAAAAAUACCGGUAACCUAUGUUAAAAAUGUAUAGGGGAGGGGGGGGCACAUUGAUUCACGGGGCACAUUGGUACAGUAUCUAUAUCUCAAAACCGAUAAACGCUACACAGUCCGGCACAUCACUAGAAUGCUCAAGGACAUUCACAAGAAUGAGAGUUGUGACACCGUUCGCCGCCAUUCUGCCGUUGGGUCAACGGUCACUAACGUGUUGGAAAUGGCGUGCGCCGCUGCCUACAAAAAAAAUACGUGAAAUGUAAUUGUGUCUCAGGAGGAUACUCUUAGUUGUUUUUGUUAUUAUUUGUUACUAAAGAAAAUGGUGCGCACGUACAAACCCCAAACUGAUAGAAAGAAUAUCAAUGAAGAAAACAUUGAAGAUGCAAUACGUGAAGUAUUGUCAAAGACUUUAUCUAUACGCAAAGCAGCCGACAAAUAUGGCAUCAAAACUGCAACCCUACAACAUCGCAUAGAAAAAGCCAGAAAAUUAUUUGAAGCUACCAGAACAUUAUCUACAAAUGAAGCAUCCUCUUCAUUACAAGCAGAAUCUUCUUUAUCACAAGCAGGUCCAUCUUCACCACAAAUAGCACCAUAUAUGGAGAUGGCACAAAUAGCAUCAUCUUCAGCACACACUACUACUGCAGCUUUAUUAUCACACACUGCUACAGCUACUUCAUCAAACAUCUAUGGUUCCAAGUAUACCGUUGCACAAGUUUUUUCAACCGAACAAGAAAAGGCAUUAACUCAAUAUUUAUUAAAUUGCAGUAAAAUGCACUACGGCCUUACAUUGAAACAGCUUUUGACUUUGGCAUACGAGUACGCAGAAUCUUCAGGGUGUAAUUAUCCAAAAUCCUGGAAAGAAAACAAAUGCGCUGGAAAAGAUUGGGCAGCUGGCUUCAGGAAGAGAAACCCAGAAUUGAGUCUACGAAAACCAGAAAACACAAGCGCAGCAAGAAGCUUUGCUUUCAAUAAAGCUGAUGUAGCUCAAUUUCAUGAUAAUUACGAACGCGUAAUGAGACAAUACAAUUUUACACCCGAUCGAAUAAUAAACUUAGACGAAACAGGCAUAAGCACAGUCCUUUCCACUCCUAAAGUUAUUGCUGGAAGAAAACAAAGACAAGUGGGACAAAUAGUUUCUGCAGAACGCGGAGAGUUAGUCACUUUCUGUGGUAUUAUUACUGCAACUGGUUCUUCUCUUCCUCCAGUUUAUGUCUUUCCAAGAGUUCACUAUAAAGAUCACUUUCUAAAUGGUGCUCCUGAUGGAAGUCUAGGGUUGGCAAGCAGAAGCGGCUGGAUGACAUCAGAAUUGUUUAUAAGAGUUUUGAAACACAUUCAACGCCUUACUUCAAGCAAUAAGAAUAACCCAAUUCUAAUCAUUUGUGACAACCACGAAUCUCACAUUUCAAUAGAAGCUGUUAACUACUGUCGUGACAACGGUAUUGUUUAUUUGAGUCUUCCCCCACACACGUCACACAAAUUGCAACCGCUUGAUGUCGGUGUGUUCGGACCCUUCAAAGGCAAAUUGAAGAUAGCUUUCAACGACUGGCAUAUUCAAAAUGUUGGAAAAACUUUGACCAUAUACAACAUUGCUGAACUCUCAAAAUUAGCAUAUUUGGAAACAUUUACACCAAAGAAUAUCAUAGGUGGUUUUUCCAAACCUGGAAUAUGGCCAAUUAAUAAACUGGUAUUUGGCGACGACGACUUUGCACCGAUAGACAUUUUCAGCACAGGUUAUCACGAUUUGACAGAUGAGAACACUCACAACACACAAGAUUUACAUUUUGUAGACUCAGAAACAAGUCAAAAUAAUGAGGUUGUUGAUAGAGAACAAAAUAAAACUCCUACUUUGGAUGCCGACCCAGUUUCAGUGUCUGAUGCUGACGAUCCUCUACAUGUUUCUUCAUCAAAGGCUAUUCUUACUCCUGAAGUAGUUAGACCUUAUCCAAAAAAGGCGAUUACUGACAGUGUCUUAAAAAGAAAAGGAAGAGAAAAGGGACGGUCAAGAAUAUACACUGAAACACCAGAAAAAAAUAGAUUAGAAAGCUUACGUAAUGAAAAGAACAGGAAAAGAGAAUUACAAAAAGCAAAACAGCGUGCAAAAGAAUUAAAAACAGCGAAAAAUCUGUUGGGAUUAACUGAGCCAAAAAAGAAAAAGAGAGUGACUUCUUUGCCUGCAGAAAUAGAUUCCGAUUCUAGUCAAGAUGAAGUCGUGAUGACGAGUGAUAGUGAAGACAUUGAAAUGCCGUCGGAAUCGGAAGAAGAGGUAAUUAAUCAAGAACCAGUUAAUCCUGAACACAUAAAUAUUGGAGAUUUCUUGCUAAUUAAGUUUGAGAAGAAGAAAACUGUGAUUCACUACGUUGCCAAAGUUGUAUUUAAGUAUAAUGUGACAGAAUAUGAAGUAUUAUAUCUCAGAAAAAAAGCAGGGUCUUCUAAGUUUAUAUUUCCAAUUGUGGAAGACAAAGCAAGUGUGGAUGUUAGAGAUGUAGUUUUGCAAUUACCAAAACCAACUUUCUCCAAAGGCACACCUCGAACAUCGUCGCUUUAUUCAUUUUCGGUAGGUUUAACUCGAUAUAAUAUCCAGUAGAUUAUUUUGUAAUUUAUAUGAGAGUUUUUAUAAUUAUUUUUGUUAAAUUUUUGAUGUUUGUUUAAUUUUUUAAGAAAAACAUUGUUCAUUUUGAUAGGAGAUUCUAAUAUUACAUUUUAUUAUAUAUUAUUAUAUUUUUAUUACCGUCAAAUACGCCAACUUUGCCCACUUUUUCCAGAAAACCUAGAUUUUUUCAUAUUUUUUGUAUGAAACGUCGGACGUAUUUUUGUGUCUGUGGCAACACUGAGAUCAUGUGCAUGCAUUGUCUUAUUUUAAUCUGACAUUAGACACCGUUUUUUCUAUCAUUUGACCGAUUUUGAGGGCGGGUAAAUUUAUCUGGACUUGUAGCCAACAUUACCCACCCUAAUUUUUUGCGGAACUAUAGCUCUUAUAUGGAUGACUUAAAAACCAAAGAAAGUAUUUUGGCAAUAAAGGCGAUUGAUUCAAAAAUGAAUACGAUAGCAUGAAUACUUUCCUCUUUAAAAUAAAUGGGCAAUGUUAUCCUGACAUAAUUUAUUUCCUCCAUACAAACUCCAUGCAGCAAUAUAAAAGUGCUAGGGUUGUCAAAUUUCAGUAACAAAGGUUUUUGAAUAUUGUAGGUAGUUUGAUCAAAGGUAGGCAGGUAGGUUAGAAAAAAAAAUAUGUCGCAAAGUUGUUUAUAACAAAAUGUAGCAAACAAAAAUCUAAUAAACAAUUUAAAGUCAUAACAUAAUUGAUAUCAAACCCUCGGCAUGAGUAAAUUAAACAAAAAAUGUAAGUUAGUACUUACUUGAGCUAAUCAAACAUUAAUUAUUAAUUAUUAAUCAAGUUGUGAUUAACUUUUUAUAACUAAAUAAAAAAUUAAAAUUAUAGGAAACGAAACAAAAAACUAAAGAUAGAGAUCUAAAAAAAAUCUGUCUUAAAUUAACUUAACAGAAAUAGAAAAAAUCUUAUUAUGCACCAACUAAACUAUUUCGCGAAAAGAAAAAAUGCCAAUAUAAUACAAACAAGUGCAAUGCAAAAUUGAAAAACUACUAUGUUUUUCAAUUCUACAAUUGGUAACAAUACUUUGGAGAAUACAAUACAGUCUUAUACAAAUCAGUCAUCUCACUUACUUAUCUCGCUAAGUUCAACAAUAGUUAUCAAGGAAACUUUAUUACUGAUACGACUAAAAUCUACAUAGGAACAUUCAAUUACCUAAUCAUUGGCUCAGCUCAGUUUGCAAAUAAAAAAAUUAAAUCAAAAGUUUUAAAAUACACUAGCACAGUGUUCUUAUCGUAAUAUAAAAGCGUACAUUUGACAAUGUAAUUAUUUUCAUAUUAAAAAAAAAAGAUAAUUAACAACUAGUUUCCAAAUUCCUUGGAAAAUUGACUUUCUCCUUAACAAAUCACACCUGUCAUUGAAAUUCAAGAAAAGUUCAACUUUUAUUGUAUGUUGAAAUUACUGAAAUCCACAUGAAAUACGAUUUGACCACGUCGAGUAAUCGUUGGUUCAGGUAAAACUGUUAUGACAUCUUCUAAAUGUUGGAUGGAGCAAAUGUCAUCAACUUUUGGGUAUGUAAAAGCCAUUCCUGUGUCACAUUUGGAUUCCUUAACUUUUCGUAAAAAUUUAACCAUAGGAUUUACACCAUGAAUCGACAGAACCUGACCUACAUAGUGUUUCAAACUUUUUUUUGUGGCAAACUGAGCAAUAAUACAGUCAUUUUUAUUAAGUUUUUGUUGAUUGUCAGAAAAAUAUUCAAUAUCAUGUAACCCAAAGGGAAUUGUUGUAUUUGUGUGGUCAAUGUUUUCCUUUUCUUCUUGUUCGCGUAAUGAUUCAGCUAUGAAAUAGUCAUUUAAUGUUCCGUAAUCAGACUCGUCUGUGUCAAAUGUUAUAACUUCAUUACCUAUAGAUAUUGAGCUCGACUCACUAUCAUAUCUUUUAUUCCUAAUUUUUACUGAAUUAGGUAUUCGAGCAAACUUUUUUCCUUUAAACUUAUUUUCAAUUUCUCUCUUUCUAUUGGUUUUUUUAGUAUUGUCCUUCUUUAUUUGCUUCCUUUGUUUGAUUUUCUUCCCUUUUAGGCAUUCUGGUAAAUCAGUUCUAUGCGUAGCGAUAAAUGCUGUAUUUUCAGUCUUAGAAGCUUCAUUUAA